UUCAAACCAAGUAUUCCACACCUCAUCUCUUCAUCUUCAUUCCAUCAAAAUGGCUCUCAAUCGUGCUGCUAUCAUGACCUUCUUCGUCAUAACUUUAGUGGCAAUUUCAUCUGCUAGUGAUUCCUAUAGCCCUGCUACCGAAUACAAGAAACCAUCUUACUCCCCCGUUUAUACCCCAUCACCUGAAUACACACCAUCGCCAGUAUACAAGUCUCCAGAGUACUCACCAGCCCCGACAUACAAAUCCCCAGAGUACUCACCAUCUCCAGUGUACAAGUCUCCUGAGUACUCACCAUCUCCAGUGUACACCUCCCCAGAAUACUCACCAUCUCCAGUGUACAAGUCCCCAGAUUACUCACCAUCCCCAGUAUACAAGUCCCCAGAGUACUCACCAUCCCCAGUAUACAAGUCCCCAGAGUACUCACCAUCUCCAGUAUACAAGUCUCCAGAGUACUCACCAUCUCCAGUAUACAAAUCUCCAGAAUACUCUCCAUCUCCUGAAUACAAGGCCCCAGUAUAUGAGGCACCAGUUUAUAGCCCAUCCCCCGUAUACAAGUCACCAGUAUACUCCCCAUCUCCAGUAUAUGAGACACCAGUUUACAGUCCAUCCCCUGUCUAUAAGUCACCUGCAUACACCCCAUCUCCAGUAUAUGAGGCACCAGUUUACAGCCCAUCCCCCGUUUAUAAGUCACCUGUAUACACUCCAUCUCCAGUAUACAAGGCACCAGUUUACAGCCCAGCCCCCGUCUACAAGUCACCUGUAUACACCACAUCUCCAGUAUACAGCCCAUCCCCCGUAUACAAGUCACCUGUAUACACCCCAUCUCCAGUAUACAAGACACCAGUAUACAGUCCAUCCCCCGUCUACAAGUCACCUGUUUACAGCCCAUCCCCCGUCUACAAGUCACCUGUAUACACACCAUCUCCAGUAUACAAGGCACCAGUUUACAGCCCAUCCCCUGUCUACAAGUCACCUGUGUAUACCCCAUCUCCGGUAUACAAGGCACCAGUAUACAGCCCAUCACCCGUCUACAAGUCACCUGUUUACAGCCCAUCCCCCGUCUACAAGUCACCAAUAUACACUCCAUCUCCAGUAUACAAGGCACCAAAAUACAACCCAUCCCCUGUCUACAAGUCACCAGUAUACAGUCCAUCCCCCAUCUACAAGUCACCAGAUUACAGUCCAUCUCCCGUGUACAAGUCACCCGAAUACCCACCAUGUGUAGCAUACAAGUCACCAGAUUAUAGUCCAUCCCCAGUGUACGAGUCACCAAAGUACACCCCAUCUCCAAAAUACAGCCCAUCCCCCAUGUACAAGUCACCAACUUACACUCCAUCUCAAGUAUAUAAGGCUCCGGUAUACAGUCCAUCCCCCAUCUAUAAGUCACCCGUGUACACCCCAUCUCCAGUUUACAAGGCACCAGUUUACAUUCCAUCCCCUAUUUACAAAUCACCAGUAUACACUCCAUCUCCAGUAUACGAAGCACCCGUUUACAGCCCAUCCCCCAUGUACAAGUCACCAGUGUACACUCCAUCUCCAGUAUACAAGACUCCAGUAUACAGCCCAUCCCCCAUCUACAAGUCACCUGUGUACACCCCAUCUCCUAAAUACACCACACCAGUAUACAGCCCAUCCCCUGUUUACACCGCAUCUCCAGUAUACACCCCAUCUUCCGACUACAAGGCACCAGUUUACACCCCAACUUACGAGACUCCUACAUAUUCUCCAAGCCCUUCAUAUGGAUAUUAAGAGAAUUACACUACUAAGUGAUUGUUUUAUUUGGCAUUAUUUUAAUGUAUCUCCCAUUGAGGGCUUAAGUUAGUUAAAUUGAGAUUCGUUUCUGUUGUAUUGCUUUAUUCAAUAUAUUAAUAAUACAUAUUUUCUGUUUCUUUUUUA